AUGCUGCUGGUCUUCUUCUGCAGCUGCUGGACUCUGAGGAGAGAGGGGGAGAGAUGGAGAGAGAGAGAGGAGGUAAAGGAGGUGGAGGAGGUGGAGGAGGUAAAGGAGGUGGAGGAGGUGGAGGAGGAGGUAAAGGAGGUGGAGGAGGAGGUGGAGGAGGUGGAGGAGGAGGUGGAGGAGGAGGUGGAGGAGGAGGUAAAGGAGGUGGAGGAGGAGGUGGAGGAGGAGGUAAAGGAGUGGGACGAGGUGGAGGAGGUAAAGGAGGUGGAGGAGGUGGAGGAGGUGGAGGAGGUAAAGGAGGUAAAGGAGGUGGAGGAGGUAAAGGAGGUGGAGGAGGUGGAGGAGGUAAAGGAGGUGGAGGAGGUGGAGGAGGUAAAGGAGGUAAAGGAGGUGAAGGAGGUGAAGGAGGUAAAGGAGGUGGAGGAGGUGGAGGAGGUAAAGGAGGUGAAGGAGGUGGAGGAGGUGAAGGAGGUGGAUGAGGUGGAGGAGGUGGAGGAGUUGGUAAAGGAGGUGGAGGAGGUGGAGGAGGUAAAGGAGGUGGAUGAGGUAAAGGAGGUAAAGGAGGUGGACGAGGUGGAGGAGGUAAACGAGGUGGAGGAGGUAAAGGAGGUAAAGGAGGUGAAGGAGGUAAAGGAGGUGGAGGAGGUGGACGAGGUAAAGGAGGUAAAGGAGGUGGAGGAGGUGGAGGAGGUAAAGGAGGUAAAGGAGGUAAAGGAGGUGGAGGAGGUAAAGGAGGUGGAGGAGGUAAAGGAGGUAAAGGAGGUGGAGGAGGUAAAGGAGGUGGAGGAGGUGGAGGAGGUAAAGGAGGUAAAGGAGGUGGAGGAGGUGGAGGAGGUAAAUGAGGUGGUGGAGGAGGUGGAGGAGGUAAAGGAGAUGGAGGAGGUGGAGGAGGUAAAGGAGGUGGAGGAGGUAAAGGAGGUGGAGGAGGUGGAGGAGGUAAAGGAGGUGGAGGAGGUAAAGGAGGUGGAGGAGGAGGUAAAGGAGGUGGAGGAGGUGGAGGAGGUAAAGGAGGUAAAGGAGGUGGAGGAGGUGGAGGAGGUAAAGGAGGUAAAGGAGGUGGAGGAGGAGGUGGAGGAGGUAAAGGAGGUGGAGGAGGUAAAGGAGGUGGAGGAGGUGGAGGAGGAGGUAAAGGAGGUGGAGGAGGUGGAGGAGGUAAAGGAGGUAAAGGAGGUGGAGGAGGUGGAGGAGGUAAAGGAGGUGGAGGAGGAGGUGGAGGAGGUGGAGGAGGUGGAGGAGGUAAAGGAGGUGAAGGAGGUGGAGGAGGUAAAGGAGGUAAAGGAGGUGGAGGAGGUGGAGGAGGUAAAGGAGGUGGAGGAGGUGGAGGAGGUAAAGGAGGUGGAGGAGGUAAAGGAGGUGGAGGAGGUGGAGGAGGUAAAGGAGGUGGAGGAGGUAAAGGAGGUGGAGGAGGUAAAGGAGGUGGAGGAGGUGGAGGAGGUAAAGGAGGUGGAGGAGGUGGAGGAGGAGGUGGAGGAGGUGGCGGAGGUGGCGGAGGUGGAGGAGGAGGUGGAGGAGGUGGAGGAGGUAAAGGAGGUGGAGGAGGUAAAGGAGGUAAAGGAGGUGGAGGAGGAGGAGGAGGUGGAGGAGGUAAAGGAGGUGGAGGAGGUAAAGGAGGUGGAGGAGGUGGAGGAGGAGGUAAAGGAGGUGGAGGAGGUGGAGGAGGUAAAGGAGGUAAAGGAGGUGGAGGAGGUGGAGGAGGUAAAGGAGGUGGAGGAGGUAAAGGAGGUGAAGGAGGUAAAGGAGGUGGGGGAGGUAAAGGAGGUGGAGGAGGUAAAGGAGGUGGAGGAGGUGGAGGAGGUAAAGGAGGUGGAGGAGGUGGAGGAGGUGGAGGAGGUAAAGGAGGUGGAGGAGGUGGAGGAGGAGGUGGAGGAGGUAAAGGAGGUGGAGGAGGUGGAGGAGGAGGUGGAGGAGGUGGCGGAGGUGGAGGAGGAGGUGGAGGAGGUGGAGGAGGUAAAGGAGGUGGAGGAGGAGGUAAAGGAGGUGAAGGAGGUGGAGGAGGUAAAGGAGGUGAAGGAGGUGGAGGAGGAGGUAAAGAAGGUGGAGGAGGUGGAGGAGGUAAAGGAGGUGGAGGAGGUGGAGGAGGUGGAGGAGGUAAAGGAGGUAAAGGAGGUGGAGGAGGUAAAGGAGGUGGAGGAGGUAAAGGAGGUGGAGGAGGUAAAGGAAGACCGCUCUGCAACGCUUUAUAACUCAACCAAAUGUCAGGGAAAGGAGACUAAACAAACCUUCAUCUGUUAG